UCCCUGUUUGGUUGUCUAUAGCUUCCAUUGCAGUGACGCUGCCAUUUUGAUUUUGGAUAUUACAGAGUCAGGACACGGUACAAGCUGACUUCGUCACCUAACUGAAAUCUCUCACUUUUAACUGUAAUUACAAAAGUCGAGGGAAAUUUCGUCAAAAUGGCUCGACUACUUUGCCUUGUCGUUUUUGUCACUAUUGUUGCCGCCACACUAGCAGCACCGAUGCGAGAGAUGUCGGAAAAGGAAGCUAUUCUCAGAGAGUUGUUGGAAGAUAAGAAGAUUUGGGAUUGGUUAUAUGGCGAUGAAGAAACCACUGCCGCAAUGACCACAGCACAACCAACAACAGAAGCACCACAACCACUCCCAAUAAUCUCCGUUGGCGAAGCAUCAAGUCUCACGUCCAAUCGGAUUUGCGGCGCGGCACAAACCCUGUUCCCUGUCCGGAACGAAAAGGUGGAGUCCAAACGCGACCUGGUGAUCAACAUGAUCUACGAUAUCUGUCUGCCAUCGGUCGGAAUCGAGGAUCUUGAAGCCUUUGGAAUGAUCCUGGACUUCCUCCGUAUCGGAGAAGAAGAGGACAUCGAACGCUUGGUUCCAACGACGCCCGAGCCGGAGCUCGAGACGUUGUCGUCGGCUUGGAAUACGCUGAUCGAUAACCUAGCCGAAGCUCAGAACAACGGGGAAACAUUAGAAGACGAGGAAGAUGUCCAAGAAAUUAUAGUUGUACCUCCUCCUGCAGCUGGCGAGAAUAUUGCGGACACUGAUGCUGACGCUGAUGCUGGUGCUCCUGCUGACGCUAAUGGUGAUACUGGUGCUAACGCUGGUGCUGAUGCUAAUGCUGACGCUGGAGCUGACACCAAUGCUGACGCUGGAGCCGACACCGAUGCUGACGCUGGUGCUGAUGCCAAUGCUGACGCUGGUGCUGACGCUAAUGCUGACGCUGGUGCUGACGCUAAUGCUGACGCUGGAGCUGACACCAAUGCUGACGCUGGUGCUGACACUAAUGCUGACGCUGGUGGUGACGCCGUUGCCGACACUGGCGCAGAGGCUGGAACUGGUGCUGACGGAGCUGAUACUAACCCUGCACCGGCUAAGCGCCUCGAGGACGCAGAACUUCUGAGUAUGCUUCUGAAAGCCAUCGAAGUGAACCAAGGCGGGCUUUAGAAUGAACAUUACUAGAACUUCCUUAGAUAUCCAACCUUUUUAAAUAAUUUUGAAAGAUAAUCGUUAAAUACAAAACCACAAAAUUAAUGCUUCGUGGAUUAAUUACUUGCAAUAGUGAUGUUAUUCAACUCUUCCAUAACUUGUCAUUUUCUUGUGGGGGGGGGGGGGCAUAUUUUGUACUACAAGUACACACCGUGUAGAUUAAUGUCCUGCAAAGGACAGUAGUACCGCGGCAGAACUCGAACCGCAAACCGUGAAUUGUGAUUCGCAGUCCGGUAAUGUAUCCACAAAACCUCUGACUAAUAAUAUCAUCGAAAACUAUUUUUGUUUUUUCGUUGAGUACCCAAUGUUUUACUUUUGCUACAAGACAAUCAACUGGACUGGUAAACUUCGAAUAAUUCGCUUUAUUUGGGUCUUUUAUAUGUGUGUGAAUCAAUCAAUAACUCAUGACAGGAUCUAAUCAUAUAGUGCCAUAUUGUUAAACUGUUAAACUCGAUAUAAUUAUGCACAUUUUUGGAGGGAGCGUUUCACCUUCGAUAUUGGAACAUGUUCGUUUAUACGAUUUUAGAAUGUAGAAAGAUUAGAAUGUAUUGUAAAUCAUAUCAAUAACGAUUGAAUAAUCUACUGCGUUGUUUUUGCUUACAAUGAGAUAUAAUGUCUUUUAAAUUCAAUCAUUAUAUGUUUUUUUUUUAAUAUAUCUAUCAAAAGCACGAGAUAGGGAAGCAAUAUAUUCAGUACUAAUAAGGUGUUUUCAAGGUUUUCUCAAUUUCAUUUGUUUUUAUUGAAAUAAAACGAGACGAAAAUAAUCUUUUUGAACUAAA